AUGUCGUCGGACUCUACAACCUCUACUCAUAUCAACGGAAUAAAGGAACUCAAACAGUCUACACAAUCUGCACAGUCUAAAGCCUUAAUUGACUUUCAGCUUCAGCGCAAGACCGCUGGUCGCCCGCAACUCAAUCCGAAUCCUGUGAUCCGCGAACAAUUCUCGUUCGACUCGAUAGAGGAUGCUUUACAGGCCUACAAGGAAGGAGAGUUUCUCGUAGUCAUGGACGAUGAAAAUCGAGAGAAUGAAGGAGACUUGAUUAUUGCUGGAUGUCACUGUACAACGGAAAAAAUGGCUUGGAUGAUCAGACAUACGAGUGGAUUCAUCUGUGUAUCCCUUCCCGGAGAGCGUCUCGCUGAGCUGGACCUUCCUAUGAUGGUAUCUGAAGAGAAUCAAGACCCACAUAGAACGGCAUACACUAUCUCCACAGACUAUAAGCACGGAACCACUACUGGUAUCUCCGCGCAUGACCGAGCACUCACCGCAUUCGCUCUCUCCUCUUCCUCUUCCGUAUCCUCUGAUUUCACUCGGCCAGGUCAUGUUAUGCCUCUCCGCACUCGUUCAGGAGGUGUAUUGACCCGUCGAGGACAUACCGAGGCUGGAGUCGACCUUUGCAAACUCACAGGUCUCCCUGAAGCAGGCGCUCUCUGUGAGCUUGUCAAUGACCUUGAUGAAGAUAUCAAUGGAGGAAUGAUGAGACGCGAUCAGUGUCGCGAGUUUGCGGAUAAAUGGGGUGUCAAAAUGAUCAGCAUAGAAAUGCUCGCUGAAUACAGGAGGAAAUUGGAACAGGUUAAAAAGUAA